CUCUGCCCCUAAAAGCGUUUUAUAUAACCUUAGCGGGUACCAUUAGCCGUCAGUAACGGCCGCGAGCGAUAACACCAAACAAUAGCUUUACGAAUAACCGCCGUAUUUUUUCUCAACAGACAAAUUAUUUACUAACCUAGCUUUGUCAAAUAUUCGAAACAAUAUCCGAAAAAAAACGUCUAAUUGCACUGCAACUGUUUGCGCAAUAUUUUGAGUUUCAGCGCCGUGUGAAGCGCAUUGUGCGCCGGCGCGGCUCUGCAGUUUUUAUCCGACAUUAGCGUUACGAUGCCAGCGAGAGUCGCUAGUUAUACAACGAGUAUUAUAGGAUAAUAUACCGCAGACUGUCGCGGAAUCGCUGACGAUUAGUUUGAUACAUAUUUUUAUUGGUUAUUGUUAGGCGGUUGAGUUGCGUGGCGUGUUUAGAUAAUACGCGUGCGGUGAACGCUCGGCGAGUGCAGUUUGAAAGUACGCGGCUGAAAGUGGGUUUGCUUCAGUGUUUCAGGAGGCUAGUGAGUGGUUAUUGACUAUAUUGUGAACUGUGAGCGGGAGCGGGCUGCGACGGAGAUCUAACCUCCAUUGGCUUUAGGAAACGCAGUUUGGCUGAUAAUCAGAAACUGAUGAAGCGGAAGUGGAGUAGAACCGGAAACAAUAUGGCGACGACACGGCAGAUCGCCAUCACAUUACUAUUAUUAUGCAUAGCGAGUGCGUGCGACGGCUCGCGGCGGACUGCUCAGCGAAGAAAGGACACCUCCCUAGAGCGCGACUACUACCAGCCGGCGCCCAGCGUGGAGACCCUCAGCUCGCUGGCCGAAGAGACGGGGGCCGCCGGCUUCGAGCACUACACCGAGGGGAAGGCACUGGUGAAGAGACUCAUCCCUGAGAGGACGGAGCCGGACCUGGAUGUCAUUAGGCAUGAUGGCGUCAUCGGCAAGGCGGGCGUGGACUUCCCCGCGUUCCCGAACAUCCCCCCCACCGGGUUCAACUGCAAGAACGUGCCCACCGGAUACUACGCGGACCUGGAGACCGAUUGCCAGGUAUUCCACAUCUGCGACACAUCACGCAAGAUCUCGUUCCUCUGUCCCAACGGCACCAUCUUCAGCCAGUCGCACCUGAUCUGUGACUGGUGGUUCAAGGUGGACUGCGCCUCCGCGCCCGCCCUCUACGAGUCCAGCGCGGAGUACUACUCCAACGAACAGAAGAAGUCCCAGAAGAUCACCCAGUCGCUCAGCAAGACCUUGGAGCUACCACAAAUAAGCUCAGACGCGUCGAACAUACAGCCGUCGAAAACGCCGCUUAGGAGGACAACGCUGAAGGAUCUCCCGACCAGCACCACUGAAAGACUGCUGCGUCAUCGCCAAAGAUUACAGAGCGAUAACACUCCACCAUUGGGCAACCCUAAACCUACUUCCAGAAGCUUCCAAUCCCUGUUCACUGAAUCAAAUUACAAUCCGACACAGAAGACCGUGUACCCUCCAGUCCCGUCUGGUUUUGAGAAGAGAAGGAAACUCGUCCAGCUGAUCGGUAACAACUUUGCCAACACACCUCGCCCCACUUUACCGACAUACACUGAUGCUGCUACUUACAGGAACCCAGCACCAUCUGGCGGUGACUUUAACACUAUCAAGGAGAUGCAGGUCGCGGCCGAGUCGGCUUCCUUCGCUAACAACAACAACAGACAGUUCCUCCAAGAUUACACUAAGAACUUCAGACCCUACCCUGUGUACACGCCCAACGUUCCAGCAGUUAGAGUCGGAAAAGCAAAAGCGAACCCGACCUUGACCACCCUGUUCGAAAUCCGGAACAAAAAUGUAGAGCAGCAGCAAAGCUAUGUGGACUCGACUACUAAACGCGCCACUUUACUUCCUUACACGAAAAGCUACUCCAACACAAUCAACGAGAAACAACCCUACACUAGACCGGGAGUGUCCCUACUGAAGGAGUUCUUAGAGCGAGAAAAGAACAAGACAGCCACUACCACUGAAAAGAUAACCACAGCUACCGACAGAGCCGAUCACUACAGUACUAAAGACACAUACGAAACCGUCACGAAAAUCCCUCACACCACCAAAAGUGAUUCCUACUUCACUGACACAGCAUCAUCCAUCAGAUACGAUGUUUUCAGCACCAACAACUUCCAUCACGCCAGCACUGAACCCAACUACCAAGAAAGGAGAGAACGACUCUUGAGGAAGCUGAACUUGGACUCUCUGAUCACCACAGAACCAACUGUUACGACCACUGAUGAUAAGCAGUACGGAAAGAGGCCUGGUCUUGUAGUACCUCCUUCACUGACCCCUAAAACACUGCACACAUUGGCCAUUUACUACGCUACUGCGUUGGAUAACUUGUCCACUACCACUCCUGUUCCAGACGCCGCCGAUGCGGAAACAACUACAACAGCUAUUGAUGACUACGAAAUGCUAGAAGAAGGUUUACCCGCACUGUUCAGCAGACACACUAUUAACAAAUACAGCAAACUCUUUGGUCAACAUGGUGACAACUCAGACCUGUUGGAAGAGAUCAGACUAGACCCCAACGGCACAUACAAUGAGUUGACCGAUGACCUAGCUGUCAUGCAAAGUCAGAAUCCUUUGGCUACAUCACCCCAAAUCAGAGAACUAGCCCAAGUUUUCACUCACGCACUCUCAGCGUAUCUCCAAGAUCCAGUCCAGUUCAGAAAAGUGCUCUCCAACAUAAGACCUACAGAACCAUCUUUCGGAGAAGUAGUUACAGCCACUGAAGAAUCGGUAUACAACACGGAGACGACGACAACAAUCAAUGAAGAGGAUGAUGAAAUAUUAGGCUUCUCAGACGAGAACAAAGCUAGACCGGCGCUAGCACAACUCAGAGACGGCAAAUCGUUGAAUCCAUCGACCGUAUAUCCAGUGUACAACACUGAAACUGACCCUCCUACUACUAAAGCCAUUGAGACUACCACUACUCCUCAACCCACCACUCCGGCCAGCACGCUUAGAAGUAUCUUCAGAUGCUGCGGAAGAAUAUCAGCAUCGUACACCACGGCCGCCACGCCCAGAGAAUACUCCGUCACUCAUUCCUCAUACUCCAACACUGUCGCCUCUAAUGUUAACACAUUAGCCUCGAACUAUGGAGAGAACCUUGUAACAACAACAGAAAACAGUUACGCUGUACCAAGAUACGGAGGUUUCCAGAACAAUACUCAAGAAUCAAACGACUCUCCGUACGGCAAAGGUGUAAACCCAACCGGAGCUCAACCUCUUAACGAAUAUGUUGAGAACACAAACCUGCCCACAGCUUGGGGUAUUGAUGCUUCUGAUGUUACCUCGUUACCAAUAACCAGUGUGCAGCUCAAUGAAUUUGAGAGCAAAAAGAUCAAGCCUACCACUUAUUCUCCUCCCACAACCACUCCGGUUUACUUCACUGAGAAGGAUACCAGCGGCGAGUUGGAAAAUGAAGAGGAACUGCAAAGAGCUCACAGCCAGUCCUUCGUCUCACCUCAAGACAACAGCUUGCGACAAGGUAAGAACAUCAACUUCGACACUGAAACCAAGACAACAGUUAAGAAACCAGCUGAAGAAUUGGAAGCACCCACAAUUUCCGACCAAGGGGAAACCACUACCAUCCUGCCAACCACCCCUGGCUACCUGCCUACAACGACCAGCAAAAACGAGGACAAUGAAGCCCCAACCACAUACCUUCCUGAAAUCAGCAGCAUAUUCACUUCACCAGACAGCGACAAGUCUACAAAUAUAUUCCAAUGGUCCAACAACUUCGAAAACUGGCAGAGCACUGUGGUACUAGACCCUAUGACUCUUAACGACGGUUUGUCUGAAAAUGGCCCUCACCACGGCUUGCAGUCAGGCAGUCAAACUACUGCUUGGGCUGGAACCUUUAACACCGCCACUACACCCGUUGCGGAUUACACAGGAACUGUCGAGCAAGAAGUCUCAUCCUCUCAAUUUAUUUCACAAACGACCCCAGCUAACAGAGUCGACGAUGAUUCAAAAAGAAAAGGCAGACUCCUCAAUCCAUCAACGUCUACUGAAUCCAACCAAGAUCUGACCACUAUAGCUGAGACUGUCGUGGAAAAGGCUAAAGAAAUAAUGGGAGGAAUGAACGCAACAACCACCGAGAAACUAAUGAAUGUGAUGAAGAAAACUAAAUCGAAGACGGUCAGGCGGUUAAUUCUGUUGUUAGUGCAAACUUGCGAUGACGACCACAAUAGCACAGCCGAAGCAUCCAAGAAAGCUUUGCUAGAAGCCCUCAUGGCAGUAUCACAGAAAGACAUGGACGAAAUGGCUAAAGAGCAAGAAGAAUUAACGCAAACCACCAUUGCCGACUACGAUUCCAACCUUUACACCAACACGCAUAGAAGAACAGACAAGACCCUCGAGACUGUCAGAGCGCCAAGCAGAGUUGCCGACCGACGAGGCAAGAGUAUAAACUUUGACCCGAGCGCCAUAAACUCGCUAUCCAACCCUUCCACCACACAAGCACCUAAAACAACCGAGGCGAUAGUAGAGACCACUGUUUCUAACAUCACUCCGACGCCUUUUACUAGGACGACCCCGGCCAACCGUAGAGGGACCAAGAAGUUUUUAACAAAAAGCUCUAAUUUAGAAAUUAAGACCACCGUCAUACCCUUUGAUGCUCCUACAGCGGCCGCCAGGAUUUCUGCUGGUGGAUCAGAAGUGAAAACUGUAUCUGACACUCGGGCUAUAGAACUAUUAAGAUCGCUCUACUCGAUAGCGGCGAAGUGGGGUUGAUUCCACUAUUUACUCUAGUUACCAUUAAUUACUACUCAAGGCGUGUUAGCAACGAUUUGCUUAAUAUUUUUGUACUUACUAUUCGGGCUCAAUUUAUAAAUUAAUUAGUAGAAUCGUUAAAUCGUUGCGAACACGCCGUCAACAUUGUUAAAAUGUGAUGUUUCUGUAGAUAUUGUUUUCGGACUCUGUAUCCAAAUUUUAGAGAUUAUUUACCACUAACUAGUUUUAGGGAGAUGACAAAUUAAUGAAAGUUUAUACUUACCGUCGGUGUUUAAGAAUACGAGUAGUUAACUUAUUUUGUUAUUUCAUUAAGGUUAUAUUUUUGAUACCUGUGCGUUAGAGACUAAAAUUAAAAGAUGAUAUUUUAAGGCAUUUAAGUUUCCUACCAUGACAUCGUAUUAUCUUCACAUAUUGAAGAGUUAGUGCUAAAGAACUGCUGAGUUACCUACUUAUAUUUUACUUAGAUUUAAUACUCUGUUAUAAACUGCCAAGCAACUUUUUUAUUGUAAAAAUGCAUAGUUUUAAGUAGAUUUUAUUUAGCUGUAUUAUAUUAUGUUAGGAAUCUUUUUUACAAUAAACUUUGUAAAACUA